GCAUUAUCUUAUGAGCCAACCAUCCAUAUAGAUGAGUGAAGAUUUUCUAGUAUUCUGAAUUGAUCUACGGAAUAUUGGUGGGCCCUCGUAGGGCAGGCGAGUCUUAGGUACGGCUAUAAUACCUACGAACCAUUCAUUAUUCCCAUAGUCAAGCUUCACUCUCUGCGAUUAUCAUGAGGUUGUGUGAAUAUUAGAAGAAUUUAUGCUAUUUGUCAUUCAUUGAAUCCCUUUCGUCUGAUCUUUAUCCUUCAUUUCGUCUCUAAGCUGGAGAAAACGUCAGAACCUGAUUAUUGCCUCUUCUUUUCACCACUUGGACGAUACCCUAUACCAUCAAGAAACAAGCUUUAUUCCGUGGCAGAGAAGGAUAUUCGGUAUUGAAGAUCUGAAAGAAAUAAUUGGUGUGGUUUACUCCAGUUCACAUUAGAUGAUAUACCCCUCUUAAAGUACCGUUGCCUGGCAAACAUUUCUCGGCAUACUUCACUUAUACUGCCACCAUUGGAUGAUUGAUUCUUCUUCCUCUUCCCAAAGUCUGUCAACACACAACUUUGCUGCUGAAUCAACAAUUUUCUCCGCACUCUUUUCAAAAUGGAGGAAUAUGCAACCCAGCCCUCUACUCAACCUACCGAUGAGGCAAUUCGCCUUGCUAACAGAAAUUCUGGUUUGACCGACGAAGAUGCUUCAGACAUUGUUUGCAUUCUCCAUCCUGACUCCGAUCUGGCGCGCGAAGCUUGUUCCGAAAUCAACAAAUUACACCCCAAGAAUACAAUCAGCCUUGAAGGUGCUAAUUCUUACUUAGCAGCAGAAGGUUAUCUUCCCUGCGACCUGGCCCUUCGACUAUCGGCCAAUCUGAAAGACGUCAAUUUAGGCUGGAUUUUUGGUCGAAGUGAGGAACGAUGCGACUUUAUGAUAAGAGAUGGCACACCUCCUCAGAUAAGCAAUCAACACUUCCGUAUUUACCUCAAUGAACAUGGCUUUCUCAUGGUAGAAGAUAUGUCUACUAAUGGUAUCUCUGUUGAUGGUACUAUACUCCGACUCAAGAAGAAAAAUAAUGGGAAACCGUAUCGACAAACUAUCGAAAACGGGACUAUUAUAUCCCUUGCUUUAAACAAGCCUGUUGCUCUCAGUAUCAAUUUUGUUGUUCGGAUACCUCGACGUAGUGAUGAAGCUCAAGAGGCUUUUGAAACAAACUUUGCCGUUCACGUUCGUCGAAUUCAAGAAAGGCAAAUUCGGCGUCGUGUUGCGGGUGUUGCAGAGAGACAACCACUUAAUCUCUUCCCAAACGCUGCCAAUCGAGGUAGUGCGGAGUCCUCGUUAAUUUUCAGAAAGCGAGAAUGGAGAGGUGGUUCAAAGUACAACAAGCUCGACAUGAUUGGCAAAGGCGCUUUUGCUGUUGUUUACAGGGUGACUGAUAAACGAACUGGGGUUCCAUUCGCUGCCAAGGAGCUUGACAAGAAAAAGUUUUUGAAGAAUGGAGCCAAAAAUAUUGAUUCGGAGAUCAAAAUCAUGAGCAAGAUUCAUCAUGACAAUGUGGUUUCGUUUGUCGAAUGUAUCGACUGGGAUGAUUAUCUAUACAUUAUCAUGGAGUUUGUCCCUGAAGGGGACCUUACAUCCCUCGUUACAAUGUGUCAUUUCCUUCCGGAACAUGCAGUCAAGGAUAUGACUGUUCAACUACUAAGCGCAUUGAAAUAUCUUCAUUCGAUAAAUGUUACGCAUCGCGAUAUUAAGCCUGAUAAUAUUCUCUGCCAAAAUCGAAAUCCACUCCAUGUUAAAAUCACAGAUUUUGGUCUGUCGAAGAUGAUUGAUACGGAGGACACAUUUCUGCACACUUUCUGUGGCACCUUGCUGUACUGUGCGCCAGAAGUUUACAACGAAUAUCCGCAAUAUGAUCGUACGGGCCAAAGAACCAAUCGUCGCAUUGAAGAUUCGACAACACAACAGAGAUAUGAUCACGCUGUCGACGUUUGGUCGCUGGCCGGGGUGCUGUUUUAUUCUUUUUGUGGAACUCCACCAUUUCCUGUUGGAGCUGCCUCGCAUCAUACGCAAAUACUUCAAAGAAUAAUGACAGUGCCUUUAGAUGUUAGGCCCUUACAACGUUGUGGAGUGUCAUCUAAUGCAAUUAGGUUCGUUAUAAAAAUGCUUCACACCGAUCCAGAGCAUCGUGCUACUAUUGAGGAUCUAGAGCAAAGUCCUUGGUUGACAGGAAACGACCAAGAUCUUGAUGAAACAGAGGAUGAAGAAGUUGGACAGCUCGAGGCGCCCGCUUCUCAGUUGAGUUUGCUGGACGAUCCCCAAAAUAAUGGUGAAAAUGACGACUUCGGCGAGGAGACGAUUAAAUUUCAACCUCGUGAGAUGCCGGCCAGCUUCAGUACUAAUGACUCGGAGGACGAGAGAUUUGUGGAGCUCGCAAGCUCAAUUCCGAGUGACUUUGGUGUGGGAACAAAAUUUACAGCCGCCGAGGAAAUCGAAGGAGACGAAAGCUAUGAGUUCAUCCGGAAUCCUGUAAACAAUGGCCGCUUGUUCGGCGAAGUUAAUGUAAAUUCGUCUGCUUUGGGAAGUUCUGGGGCCGUUCCAGUAGAUCUUCCAACUCCGAUCCAGCACAUUAAUAAACGUCAGCAGGUUUCGGAACAAGACGACACCCUUCCAGUUGCAAAAUUCAAAAGUCGUCUUGAAGCUGCGAGCGCCACACCAAGGACACCUCUCCCACCUCCACCUCCACCUCCACCUCACCCUCGCUUUAUGACUCCAGCUGCGAAGCACUUCGGAAAUGGAGUUGCUCAAAAUCACUCGAGCCUUCUGGGUGCUGUGUCUCAACUAGGCCAUCUGCAGAUGAAUUCUCCCUUGAUUUCACCAACCGAAAUUACAACUCCCCAUUUGUCAACCCUAUCGCAUGCUCAGACUGCCAAUACCAGUCUCCGAAGACCUCGAGAAGUAGGUGCCUGGCACCCUGAGGAGCUUCCACCACAAAAACGCCGAAAGUCCGCUCGCACAAUUGAUGUUAUGGUACCCCCAGAAGCAUUUUGGAACCCUAGAGAUAAGUCGACUCAUCAUGAAGAUUAUCCGCCGAUGUCAGCGGCGGAUUGGAAUCGAUAUGUUGAGCUUGCCAAGUCCAAAGGAGAGAAGUUUCAGCAUGGCUGCACAAUAUUUGAGAAUGUAAUGGUUAGCUUCAGAAGCAAUAGCAAAACUCCUUCAAUUGGCUCGAAUGUAUCGUUUCGAGCUCAAUCCGAACCUUUGGUUGAAGGAAUAAAACGAUAUGUACCAUUGGCGCGCGACGAACGAAGGCUCAGUGACGAUGCUUCUGUUCAACAGAGCAUCGCUUCUCGGGAAAAUCUGUCCAUCACCACCGAGGCCCUUUUGCUUGAAGUAGCUCAUAAGUCAGAACCUUCUUCACCAGUUAAGAUAGGCGCGACAAAUGAUGAUGAAAUAAUUUCUUCCAUUGAAGCCGCGACGGAAGGUACAUCAGCUAUAAUCUCAAAUAUCGAUGCACCUGCACGAGGCAAUUUUCAAGUCCCUAAGCGCGUACUUGCGAAGCUUUCCGCAACUCCAGAUUCUUGUUUACCAACUAUUGCUUUCAAUAUUACGGAAGCUUUCACAUCUUGGGGCCGCGGAUUUUCGAACACUAUCCGAUAUGCAACUCGUGAAGAUGUCCGAAUAGGUGUUCCUCGAUACGCAUUUAAGCUGAUACUAUUCAAAAAUGAUUUCUAUCACCCCGGUGAAAACUAUAGAGAAGUAUGGAAUCAGAGCCAUAGUGAAGAAGAAGAGCAAGGCUUCAGAUUCUUGAUCUCUACCAAGUCCUCGGCAGGUCUCAAGAUCAAUGGUCAUAAACUUCCAAGUCAUAAUAUUAGUGAAACAAGGGCUGAAUCGAAGUUUUGGGGAGAAAUUCGUAAUGGCGACAUUAUCACAAUUAGUGCUACAAAGAACAUGUUCUUGAAGCUCAAAUUCGACUGUUUCUGGGGUAUGGGCAAAUACAACCGCCACGAAUCGAAAUUCUUCCUGUAUAAAGAAGAAGAUCAUAUUGCAAAGGUUGAUAGAGUUUGUACCAUGCUCGAAACUUCCUUUAUUGAGGAGCGUACCAAGAAGAUGAUUGAGGAGCAAAAGUUAGCCAAGGAGUUAAAACGUCAAAGGACGCAAUCUGUGGACAUUUGAUCUCCAUUGGUCUUUCACAAUUCAACUUCACAAUAAUACUCCUUCGGAUACCUCGAUGGGAUACUUUUCCAGCACAACCUUUUGUACUCUUAUGACACACGAGACCUAUUUUUUUCCUUUUGUACAAUCAUUUUUUACAUACACAUUCCACACGAGAGUUUUCUAGCUACUUUAGCUUAACUUUUUUUUUUCUUUCUUUUUUUUUACUAUUUGCCUCUUCCUUGGCUGAAUGGCUUUACUUCUUUGCUUGUUUACAUACGAGCUAAUUUUUCUUCUGGUAUGAGAUUUUGGGAUGGUGAAGAAUUUAUUUAGGUGCUUUAAAAGAGUGAGGUGGAUAAUCUGCAAUUAUGAAAGAUGGAUGUAUGGGACGGUUGAAUGAAUGAUAUUGGGUGGAUACUAUUCGAAUGGCGGAGAGACAGUCAGAUUGGGCUGGGCUUGCAGGUUUCUAAUAUGAAUGGGAAUAUGAAUGAUAUGUACCAUGGGCGAACUCAGUACGUUGUAGUAGAGAAAAGUAUAGUUAAGAUUAUUCGAAAAAAUACAAAAAACAUAUUAAAUGUAUGGUUGAUGACA